CCAAACCUGCCGAUCGCGCAAAUCGCGGCCACCACUCCGAUCAAACGAUUCAAACCAGACCUCACCGCCUUCCUACGACGUGCAUGGCCACGCCGCCGCAGCCGCUGCCGGCGGUGACGCGCGCCGCCAACGAGAUCGGCGGCGGCGCCACGUCCGACCAGCAGGGGACGGGCGGCGCGGCGGCGCGGAGGGCGGUCAAAUCGCUGCUGUUCCUGGCGGCCGUCGCCCUCCCUUGCCUCGCGCUGUACCGGGCCGUGGCGCCCGGAGCCGGCCUCGUGCUGCCCGGUGCCGCCGCCGUGCCCUGGCGGCUGGGCGCACCGCGCGACGACGUCGGCCUGGAUGGCGAGGACGCGAGGCUGGAGCGGGUCCUGAGGGGGGCGGCCAUGGCCAACGACACGGUGAUCCUGACGACGCUGAACUCGGCGUGGUCAGAGCCCGGCUCCGUGCUGGACGUCUUCCUGGAGAGCUUCCGUGCCGGCGAGAGCACCAGGGAGCUCCUGGACCACCUCGUCAUCGUGUCGCUGGACACGACGGCGCACGCGCGCUGCAGGCAAAUACACCGGCACUGCUUCGCGCUCGUCACCGACGGCGUCGACUUCUCGGGGCAGAAGAACUUCAUGACCGACGGCUACCUCAAGAUGAUGUGGCGGAGGAUCGACUUCCUCAGGGAAGUUCUCGAGAAAGGCUUCAGCUUCAUUUUCACGGACACGGACAUCGUGUGGUUUAGGAACCCGCUGCCGCACUUCUACCCGGACGGAGACUUCCAGAUCGCGUGCGACCACUUCACCGGCAACCCGGACGACUUGAGCAACUCGCCCAACGGCGGGUUCGCGUACGUGCGUUCCAACACGGAAACGAUCGAGUUCUACAGGUUCUGGUACGCGGCGAGGGAGAAGCACCCGGGGCUGCACGACCAGGACGUGCUCAACUCCAUCAAGCGCGACUCCUUCGUCGCCGAGCUCGGCGUCAAGAUCAAGUUCCUCAGCACCGAGCUCUUCGGCGGCCUGUGCGAGCCGAGCCGGAACAUGAGCAGGGUCUGCACCAUGCACGCCAACUGCUGCAUCGGGCUGAGCCGGAAGAUCAGUGACCUCAACGCCAUGCUCCAAGACUGGAGGAGGUUCAUGGCGUUGCCGCGCGACGAGAAGCAUUCCGUUUCAUGGACUGUACCACGCAAUUGCAGUCUUCAGAAACUGGAGCGGUAGGACACCAGGAAGCUGUCUGCUUGUCCAGUGAUUGUUUCAGACUUAGAACAUGGAUAAUGUAAAUAAAGUUCCUUUUAGUUUUUUGUAAUGUAUGUAGCUGAUGUUAACCAAGGGAACAACCGCGUAUUGACUGCCAUAGUGAAUUAUUCGCAUUGACUCCCUGUAAGCAACUGAGAGGGGCUGAAUGAUGCAACCAAAUGUAAGUUCAGGAAAUAUACAAAGCUGCUAUUCGUUCUCUUUCCAGAUGCGUGUAUUUCAUUUUUAACUGAAAUGAAGGAAUCUUCUUUU